AUGACUUUCCAUUUUUCCAGGAAAACUAGAAAUGACGAAGAUGAUCCCCUUGUCGUUGAAGCUAAAAAUCAAGAAGACAAGUUUCAAAAGACAACUGGAACAGACGAAGAUGAUGAUUCCCUUAUUGUUGAAUUUGGAAUUCAAGAAUACAAGUUCCCACCAGUGGCAGGAAGACGCAUUUGUGAUAUUAAUUAUAUAUUUAGUCAAUUACAAGAAAAAGCACGUCACAACAACUUGUUUGACUGCAAAGCUGGAAAUUUUCAGCUAAUCGGUAAAAAAAGGGUUGGCUUACUUUCAGUAUAUAAAUUUGAAUGCAAUAUUUGUAAACAAAUUUGCCUUAUAAAAUUGGAAAAUACUGACUCAAAUGUUAAUGUGAAUAUCGCAGCUACCACUGGCAUGGUCGCAACAGGGAUCGGCUUCUCACAAUUCGAAGAACUUUUUUCUGCAAUGAAUAUUCCUGUAUUUUCUGCAAAAUAUUACAAUCAACUCCAGGAUCAAGUGUACGAAUGUUGUGAAAAAACAGCAGCCGAAUCGAUGCAAGAUGCUGCAGAAGAAGAAAAAAAAUUGGCUAUCGCAGAAGGUCGCACCAAAAAUGGCAUACCGGUAAUUGACGUUUACGUCGAUGCUUCUUGGUGUGCUAGAUCGUACGGAUCAAAUUAUAAAGCUGCUUCUGGAACUGCGGCAAUUAUCGGUAGAAUUUUUCUGGCUGUAAAAAAUAAAUACUGCCUCGUGUGCGCCCGUGCAGGUAACAAAAAUGUCGCUCCUAAGGAGCACAAUUGUUUCAAAAACUUCGAUGGUUCAUCGUGUUCUACAUAA